AUGAGGGAAGACGACAUUUUGGCGAUUAUCAAUUCCAGCGACUCUGACGUAAGUGAUUUUAGUGCUUCUGACUCAGAGUAUAUUCCGGAUUCCGAGAACGAAGUAGACGAGUCUCCGAGCGAGGAUGAUGAAGUAACGGAUAUUGAUAAUGCAAUAGUGUUAUCCAGUGAAAGUUCCAAUCUUCCAGUAGUAUGGGGAGAACCAUCAGUUUUAUUUCGUCCUCGCUUUUCUAUCACUGAAGACGUUGAGCCCAUUCUGUUGGCUCAAAUUUCAAGGAAUGCAACUGAUUUCGAAGUCUUCAAAUGCAUUUUUCCAGAAUCAUUAUUUAUUUUUAUCGCGCAGUGCACAAAUGAACGAUUGAGCAUUCUAAAAAAACAAAAAAGUUAUAAUAUUGCACCAACUGAUGCAUCAGAAAUUAAAAUUUUGUUGGGCAUUACGCUUAUAAUGGGUUAUAAUCAACUUCCAGAGAUUUCUGAUUACUGGUCCCAAAAUGAAUCCAUGGGAAAUGAGUACAUAAAAAAGGCGAUGUCGCGAACUCGUUUUCAGACCUUAAUGUCAAAAUUAUAUUUUAACUUCCCUGAGAAACCUGAAGCAGCAUCUAAGCUUUAUUAUAUAGAAGAAGUUACCAAUUGUUUGAAAUAUACGUUUGUCAAAACUCGUACCGAUAGUUUGCGUCAAAGCAUCGAUGAGUCCAUGGCAAAAUUUAAAGGUCGAUCUUCUCUAAAGCAAUAUCUUCCGAUGAAACCGACUAAACGUGGCAUAAAAAUUUGGCAAAGGUGUGAUUCUAAAACUGGUUAUACAUAUGAUUUUAAUAUUUAUGCGGGUAAAGAGGAAUGCUCAACAUUAUCAGGAACUUUAGGGGAGAGAGUCGUUUUUAAAUUGUGCAAAACUAUUCGAAAUCCAGAUACUGUGUUGGUUUUUGACCGUUUUUUCACCUCAUAUAAUCUGAUGAAAACUUUGCCAUUUGCUUGCGUAGGAACAUGUAUUCAAAAUAGAAAGAACUUGCCAACCAUUAGUGACCAUUUGAAGAAAGGUGAAUGUAAAUUUUGCAUUAGCGAAACCGGUAUAAUGGUAGCAAAAUGGCAGGACUCAAGUGAAGUUAUUGUUAUGAGUAACUGUCAUAGUCCUACAAUGUCCGCAGUCUUCAGAAAGCAAAAAGAUGGUUCAAGGGUUGUUACUAACUGUCCUAAAGCAUUGGCUUUCUAUAAUGAGAACAUGGGAGGAGUUGACAUAUCUGAUGAAAAGGUUAAAACUUAUGAACAGAACAGAAAAUCAAGCAAAUGGUGGCGUAAAGUAUUUUUCAAGCUUCUCAUGACAUCUAUUAACAGCUCAUUGCGCAAGGAAGAGUUGGGACAAAAGUCAAAAGGACAUCUACAACAAAAGGACCCAGGUCAAAAAGAGCAAAAAAAAUGUUUAACGUGGGAGAUCAUAUGCCAGUAA